AUGUCGAGAAGCUCGAGAGGCCCGCUACAAGAUGAUCCACCUGAUUAUCCGCCUCGACUGUCGGCAAGCCAGCGCGGAAGCAGCUAUGUCAGUCAGAGGAGCAACAGCAACUCAGACAUCGCCAAGCACGAGGAGGACCUCAUCAAUGCUCUCGAAGCGGAAGAAGAGCGGAUGGUCAACGCACUCACUCGUAAACUCGAAAAGCUGCGUGCAGAGAAAGCACAGCUCGAAUGUACCCUCGAAGCAGAGGGAGAGAUGCUGGUCAACAAGCUGCAGAAGCAGUUGCAAGCUCUCAUGCUACAACAGCAGUCUUCUGCCGCAGCGAACAAAGACGCGGCAAGUGCGUCCGUCUCGCCGGUCAUCGAACAAUCAGAGACCCUCCCACCGCGUCAGUUCCCUCUCUCGCCACAGUCACAAGAUAGAAGCAGAACGCAGUCAACAGCUCAAGACGGACCUGAUCUCAGCGUCCUCAUGGCCUCGCCACAGGACCUGCUCAAUCCUUCUGUCUCACGGUUGAACGAAGUCUUGCGAGACGAGAACACGUCGCUCAGGAAUCGGUUGGCAGAAUCUGAACAAGCACUGAUCAGGACAAUGCGAUUCAAUGAUGUCUACCGCUCUGAACUGAUCGAGUUGCGGAGAAGGGCAGGCAAGGAUGUUGGCGAUCUCGUGGGCGCUCCCUCUGGCGCCCAACUCAUUGCGGAUCGCAAACAAACCUACGAGGACCUCAACUUCUCGGGCUUGGGGCAUCGGGGGAGAUUGAACAGCAACACGCAAGGCACAGCGGCCAAAGUGAGCAGUAUCGCCAUACCUGGCGUCACACCUGCUGCGCUCCAUCCGACUUCUCGGACGACCUACGGUUUCUCACCCAUGACGGCGAGCAAGAGCAAACAGCCUUUCUCGAUGCAGUCGUCUACUCUACCGCCCUCGACGCCGCUAAGUCCUUCGUCAUACUUGGCCAGCAGCACGUCGACAGACUCGAACAACACAAAUAUGACGACGCCCUCGACAUCUUAUACGAAUCCGCCCCAACCGCUCAAUACGCCUCUAUCGAGUCCUUCCGUCUCGAGCAACUACCUGCAGUCAUCACGACGGACGUUGGGAGAGUCGGCGAUUCUAGACGACGAGUCCACCAGUCCGAACAGUACACGCUUUGCAAGCAGAUCGAGCUCAAUGAACGGUAGAGUAGCCGAGACGGGUCAGCUGAGGAGGUCAGUGGGACCAUCAGACGCAUCGAGGCAGGAUCUCUCAUUGUAG